AUGGAGGAGUUCAGCUGCAUCAUCGACGAGCUCAGCGAUGACAUCCGGGGACGGAGCAACACAACCGUGGGCGGCGACUUCAACUCGUGGGCCCAGGACUGGGGGUCGCCCUCAACCAAUGCCAGAGGCCGCACCAUCCUGGAGGCCUUCGCCACCCUGGAUAUUGCUCUGCUCAACGAGGGUACCCAGCAGACCUUUAACAGAGCGGGAGCGGGGUCCAUUAUAGACCUCACGUACGCAAACAGUGCACUAGCCUGCCAAGCCAGCUGGAGGAUCAGCGAGAUCUACACAGCCAGCAAUCACGAGGCCAUCGUCGUCUCCCUCGGCGAGAACCCACCCCGCAGAACGGUCACGCCCAGCGCAAACAAGGCGUACCGGCAGGAUACGCUCAACCCCCACGCGUUCUCGAGCGCCUUAGCGGGCCUAGCCACCGGCGAUACGGACAGCGCCAACGAUGCUGCGCUUAAACUGGCGGUCGCUGUCGAUCGUGCAUGCAACGCAAGCAUGCAGCAACUGAAAACAUUCCGGAAGCACCACAAGCCUGUUUACUGGUGGAACGACGACAUAGCCACCCUACGCUCAUCUUGCCUCCGAGCUAGGAGGCUUGUCCAGAGAGCGCGCGGCUCUCCGAACCUUCUAGCCCGAAGCGAGGCGUACAAGUCCGCAAGGUCCGCCCUGAAGAAUGCGAUAAGGACCAGCAAGAGAGAGUGCUUCCUUAAGCUCUGCGACGACGUCGAGAAGGACCCAUGGGGCGGGGCUUAUAAAAAGGUGGUGAAGCGCGUGAACGCCGGCAGCAAUGCCCCUUCGGACCCGGAGGCCCUCGAAGGAAUAGUUCGGGUGCUUCUCCCAACUGGACAGCCGCUGUACUACCCUGUGAGCAGCGACUCGUUGGAGAUAUGCCCGGUCUCGGAACAGGAAAUUCUAGAGUCUGCGAGGACCCUAAAUAAUAAGAAGGCACCAGGUCUCGACUCGAUCCCUAACAGGGCGACCAAAAUGCUGCUCUCCCUGCAUCCCAAGGUGAUCGUCGAGACCUUCAAUAAGUGCCUCUCGGAAGGCACGUUCGUCGUACAGACCCAUCUGUCUGCUGGAAACGAUCGGGAAAGUCUUCGAGAAGGUUAUCGUUGCGAGGCUAGAGGCUGCAAUAGAGCGCGCUGGUGGACUCUCGAAAAACCAGUUCGGCUUCCGGAAACGGAAAUCGACUCUGGACGCCAUCGACGCCAGGCACAAGAUGGAAAAACGGCGCUAAGGAGUACUGCUUAG